CCUGUGAGAUAGUGGAGACGAUUGGAUGAAAGACGGUGGAGUUGUCAUCGAUUUCACUGUUCUAUUUCAUGUUUCUGUAACAACUUACAUGGAUAUAAUAAAACAAUUAUGCGUGGAAAACUGUGUCAGAAACGGUCAGCAUUCUAACUAUAUGUACUUUGGGCACAAAGACUCAAGAAUGAUGGAGACUCAUAUUGGAUGUUUUAUAAAGUUUCUGUUGGCGUGAGGUGGGUGUAUGUAACCUUUAAAGUUUAGCUGCCGGAAAAGGGAACUGCUGCUUCGACACAUGAGAACUACGACUGCACAAAGUAAAAUCUGCAGCUUGUUAAUAACUCAAUGAGACCGAUGACUCCCUGACUUAUCAGUUCUACCUGUGUGGUGACUCAUCACCUGAUAUGUGGAUUUAUGGCAAAUAUGUUCUUCCAAUAUCAACUCUAAUUCUCCUCCUCAUGGACAUUGUGUUCUGUAUGGCAGUUUGUAACAAUGCAGAAUAUGAUAUUAAUGGACAAUGUUGUCCAAUGUGUGAUUCAGGAAAGCGAGUUUAUAAGCACUGUGAUGACAGCACAAGCACAACAUGUGUGUCAUGCACUGAGAUGAGGUUCACAGAUGCUCCCAAUGGAUUAACAGAGUGUCUUCCCUGUUUUGUGUGUGAUGCAAGUAAUGGGCUGAAAGUAAACCAGGCAUGUAAACAGACAUCAAAUGCAGUAUGUGAGCCUCUGCCAGGUUAUUACUGUGUAGACUCACAUGGUCCGCCCUGUUCAAAGGCCAGAAAACAUUCAACUUGCUUACCUGGACAAUACAUCAACCAAACCGGAACAGAAUUUAGAGAUACAGUGUGUGGGGACUGUCCUGCUGGUUCAUAUUCAGAUGGUACUCUCUGCAAAUUAUAUACAAAGUGUGAGUCUCUUGGGAAAAUAACAGUCAAGUCAGGAACAGACACAGCUGAUGCUGAGUGCAGUGAUGGGAAAAAUUUGUACAUAUUGCCUCUUAUUUUCAGUGUGUGUGGAGUCUUUCUGGCGGUGGUGUCUGUCACAGUUGUGAUUAUUGUAAAGAAAAAAAAGGUGUAUCAUCAAGCAAACCAAGUUACUUAUUCCCACAAUCCUGUAAACUUAAACCAGUUUCCAGCACAUAAUUGAGAAGGUUAUUUAUUUUAUAACCAUAAACUAACAUUCCCAGAAUGUUGCAGGGUGGUUUUUGUGGGAUAACCUAAAAAUUAUUUAUAUAGAACAUUCUCUAAUCGUUAUUUUUAGGUUUUAUAUUUCGUAUAAAGUAUCAUGGAAUAUGGGAAUUGAACACAUUAAAAUGAACAGAUGUGGAAAGCAUAUAAUAUAUGCAAUAUCUGCAUCUAAUCCACCUUAUACUUGCAAGUUCCCGGACAUUUCUGGGGGGAAAUGGCCCUAGCCCUCACCCUCCAAUCCAACAGGUCUCAGACGUGCUCAAUGGGAUUGAGAUCCGGGCUCUUCGCUGGGCAUGGCAGAACACUGACAUUCCUGUCUUGCAGGAAAUCACACACAGAACAAACAGUAUGGCUGGUGGCAUUGUCAUGCUGGAGGGUCAUAUCAGGAUGAGCCUGCAGGAAGGGUACCACAUGAGGGAGGAAGAUGUCUUCCCUGUAACGCACAGCGUUGAGAUUGCCUGCAAUGACAACAAGAUCAGUUCGAUGAUGCUGUGACACACCGCCCCAGACCAUGACGGACCCUCCAUCGAUCCCGCUCCAGAGUAUAGGCCUCAGUGUAACGCUCAUUCCUUCUACAAUAAACGCAAGUCCAACCAUCACACUUGGUGAGACAAAACCGCGACUCGUUAGUGAAGAGCACUUUUUGCCAGUCCUGUCUGUCCCGCAGGUGUGAUAUUCAGAUGUACUGAUCCUGUGCAGGUGUUGUUACGCGUGGUCUGCCACUGCGAGGAUGAUCAGCUGUCCUUCCUGUCUCCGUGUAGUGCUGUCUUAGGCGUCUGACAGUACGGACAUUGCAAUUUAUUGCCCUGGCCACAUCUGCAGUCCUCAUGCCUCCAUGCAGCAUGCUUAAGGCAUGUUCACGCAGAUGAGCAGGGACCCUGGGCAUCUUUCUUUUGGUAUUUUUCAGAGUGAGUAGAAAGGUCUCUUUAGUGUCCUAAGUUUUUAUAACUGUGACCUUAAUUGCCUACUGUCUGUAUGCUGCUAGUGUCUUAAUGACCGUUCCCCAGGUACAUGUUCAGUAAUUGUUUAUGGUUCAUUGAACAAAUAUGGAAAACAUUGUUUAAAACCUUUACAAUAUAGAUCUGUAAAGUUAUUUUUAUUUUUACAAAAUUAUUUUUAAAAUACAAAUUUCUCUUUUUGCUGAGUUUAAUAAAAGUAAAUCAUUCACUUGUUGCUUUGUGUUGUUGUAUUGAAGAGACAGUAAUAAAAUCUGCAUCUUACUUAACCGAGAC